AACUUAAACCCUAGCUGAGUUCAAUAGAAAAAGUAAACCCUAGCUUGCACGCGCGCCGUCACGCACCAUGGCGCAAUGUCCUGCUCCUGCUCCUACUCCCGGCAAGAUGCAGAUCUUUGUUAAGACCCUCACUGGCGGAACCAUCACUAUUGAUGCCAAGAGUUCAGAUACUAUCAACAAGGUGAAGAAUAAGAUCCAUGACAAGGAGGGCAUCCCUCCAGACCAGCAGCGUCUCAUAUUUUGUGGCGAGCAGCUGGAGGAUGGCUGCACCUUGGCCGAAAACGACAUCCAAAAGGAGUCUACCCUUCUUCUUGUCCUUCGUGGAGAGCUGGAGAUUUCUGUGGAGACCCUCAGCGGCAAGGUGAUCACCCUCCCGGCUGAGCCAUCAGAUACCAUCCGUGCAGUCAAAGAAAAGAUCCAGGUUCAACAUCACCUUAUCUUCAAGGGGAAGCAAAUGGUGGACAGCUACACUUUGGCUAAUUAUGGCAUCAUGGAUAUGUCUAGGUCCAGUUUUGAGUUUCAUUUCCACCUCCAAGAAAGGAUGAAAAUCUACAUCAACGCACUGGACAACCCUCUCUAUGUUAAGAGCUCGGAUACUAUUGACAAUAUCAAGAUGAAAAUUAACGAUGAGUAUGGUAUUCAUCCAGGCCAGCAACGCCUCAUGUUCAAGAGGAUGGCGACGAUAUUGAGAGUUGAUCUGCACUCAACCUUACAGGGCAGCCAUACUUUGGCCUAUUAUAACAUCCAGAAUGGAGCCACUCUCGACCUUGUCGUCUGUCUCAGACCCAGACAAAUGCAGAUCUUCGUCAAGAAUUUGAUAUGGAAAUCCUUGACGCUGGAGGUUGAGAGCUCGGAUACCAUUCACAGUGUCAAGGAGAAGAUUGAGCAAGUGGAACGUAUUGACCCGGCAAGGCAACGCCUCAUCUAUUGCGGGUGGCAGCUGGACGAUGGCCUUACACUAGCGGACUAUAAGAUUGAGGCUCUAUCUACUCUUCGUCUUGGCCUCCGUUCUAAAUGUCCUGGCAGACAUGAGUAGAGUGUGUGUUAAUGAUUCUGAAUCGAUUUGCUGGGAUCAUCCUUUUGUCGUACUACCUCCACAUAUU